CACGCAACGCAACCUUCCCCCCUCCUCGAUACACACGUAUAAAAUCCGCAACCCUCCCAGGUUAAUUAAAGAAAAUUAAUUUCUGGAUUCCCUUUUUUCUUCCGCUUCACGAUUUCUCUCCGGUUUUCUCCUUCGUCUAAUCUCUCGCGGGGCGGAGAAUCAGGGCGGAGUUCUGGGCGCUCGGCGGAGCCUUUCCUCGGAUUUUCUCUCCGUGCUUCUUCCCGGCCGCGGCCGCAGUCGGCAUCGCAAGUGCUUGGCAAAUAGCAAGGCGCUAUGAAAUUCCGCAAAGGAGGCAAGGUGGAGGUACUGCAGAAGGCGGAGGCACCUUUCGGUUCCUGGAGGCCUGCCGAGAUCCUUUCUGGCAAUGGGCACACCUAUCUUGUAAGCUAUGAUCCAUGUCUGCUUGACGGUAGUCUGGCCAUUGAAAGGGUUCCAAGAAAGGUGAUAAGGCCUUCUCCCCCGUCCCCAGGUGGUCCGGUAUGCUGGGUCCCAGGCGACAUCCUUGAAGUCUUCGACAGCUAUUCAUGGAAGGUUGUGGAAGUCGUGAGAUUGCUUGGUCAUGAGUACUAUCUUGUCAGGCUCCUCGGAUCCUCCCUAGAAUUGAGGGUAGAUGCAUCCAAUCUUAGGACAAGGCAGCUUUGGCAAGAUGGCAAAUGGGUUGCUCUUCCAAAGGAUUCUGCAAGAUGUGCUGCUGGUUCACACUGGAGUCGGACAAAAGGUGGAAAUUCAGGGGGCAGUCAUCUUCUAUUAAAGAACAAGAAUGUGUUUGAAGACAAUAUGUCUCGAGGCAUGAAGAGGAAAACCUCUGCUGCAUCAGCUUUCCCUAUGCAGCGCAGUGAAGUUACUAAGAGAUUUCAGACUUCUCGCAGAGAUGGAAGACGCCAACAUCUUGGUCCUGGAGAUUCUCUUCAUUUGAUGGAUAAGGGCCGAAGUUGGAGGCUUGUAAAGCAUCCUUCGGUAGGUCUGUGUUGAUGGAGGAGUUUGUCACAUGGUUUACUUGGUGACCAAUGUGGCAAUUUCCAUCAAACUUUGGUUCGUAUCCAUUUUUUUUAUAUCUUCCUUUUUUAGCUUCUUUUAGGGCUCUACUAGCUUUUGCAAGGAUACUGGACAGGAAUUUGGCUUGCAUUAAUGAACAAAUAAGUUAAUGGUAAUAUUCAACAUGCAGCAUGUUUGCAAAAAAGAAUGCUUAUGUCAGUACAGAGAACUACUACAGCAUUUAUUGGAUAUUCUGACCAUGUCCUUUCCUGAACAAGGAAAACAAAGGAGUAGUUAAGUGUGCAAUAAUCUGGAUAUGUUGCUCUGUUCGUAAAGGAAGGAAUUGGAUAUCAUAAUUGCACAUUGCGCUCUAUGUGAUUAAUCGCUAAAUUAAUAUAAAAAUUGUGUUGUUUAAGUUGAAAAGGUCAAUAAAUAUAGGUAUGGAUUAUAUGACGAUAAAAGUAGAUAGUAGUCAUAGCACAUGUGAUUUGUUAAAGUAGUUUUCAGAGAUUUAUCUUGGCAACAGUACUCUUCAAAUGCUAGGUCUCGGAAGCUCAUCUAUUGAAGUUAAUAGCUGGUUUUUGCUUUGCAAGAGUUCAUGUCAGCUAAAUGAUUAUUUGGCGCAUUCUGGGGAAUGAGGGAGACUAUCCCUAGGUAGACUUAUUGGUUUUUGGCAUGUACAGUGAGCUACACCUGCAACUUACUUGAUGUGUGGAUAUUGAGAGGUAAGUGAGUAGGUUAGUAGGCAUAUUGUUUAUCCUCAGGCUCAGCAGUUCUACGGUAGGUUUGUUAAUUCUCUCAUACAUGAUAAAUAUUGCAAGUGUAAAGUAUUUCUCUGAAAAGUGCUGACUCAGAUAUGUUACUACAUGAUCUUCUUGAUAUCCUUAUAAGGAGUUAUGGAGGCUACCUUUGUAUUUCAUAAAUGUAAAAGUACUUACCUGAAAAGUAAUGCUUAUUUUGGCCUUCUUACUGCUGUGUGGAUGAGGUUGGGUCUACGGAUGUACCUACAUGUCCCUUGGUAGUUUCUCAGUAUAAAAUCCUAGUCUGUGUCCUACUGUCACUUUUGUAUUCAAAAACAUUGGGAUGUUCUUGUGACUUCUAUGUGUAAUGGCAACACUUGUUAAUCCUCCUACA